CCUCAGCCAGGCGAGGCUACGCGAGGCGGGAGCAAGCCAGGAAAACGGGGCCUCGGAAGCGGCCGUGGCGGCGGGUGAUGGCCGGGGGAGAAGAGGGGCGCCCCAGGCCCCCCGAGGCCUCGCCGCCCCGCGCUCCGCCAGAAACGGCGCUCGGCGAGGCCGAGCGCGAGGCCGGCGGCGGGAAUUCCCGGCGCCUUCCUCCGCCGCGUUUGCCCCGGCUGGGCCUGGCCUUGGCGCUGGUGGCGGCCCUGCUGGCCGCGAAGUACUAUCGGGACUCGGAGGUGGCCCGGCGGCAGGAGACAGCCCUGAAAUCUUUGGGAAACGAAGGUCUUUUCCUCUUUGCGUCCCUGGAUACGAACAAUGACCUGUACAUCAGUCCUGAGGAGUUCAAACCAAUUGCAGAGAAGCUAACUGGCAUUGCCCCAGUAACUGGGAUUGAGGAAGAAGAGAUAUUGGAUCCCAAUGGGGAGACUCUUUCUAUCAUUGCAAAAUUCCAGCCCUUGCUUAUGGACACAAUGACAAAGAGCAAAGACGGUUUCCUUGGAAUUUCUCACAUUGCGCUUUCUGGGCUUCGCAACUGGACAGCUCCGGCUUCCCCUCUGAGCUUGAUGUUCGCCCAGCAAUUCAAGGCCUUCCUUCCGCCAAAGAAUAAACUGGAACUUGCUGAUCCUUGGUGGGUGAUUCCCAGUGAGCUGAACAUCUUUACUGGGUACCUUCCCAACAACCGUUUCUACCCUCCGGCCCCCAAGGGGAAAGAGGUCAUCAUCCACAAACUCUUGAGUAUGUUCCACCCCCGGCCGUUUGUGAAAACUCGGUUUGCCCCUCAAGGAGCCGUGGCCUGCAUCCAAGCUGUUGCCGAGUUCUACUAUAAGAUAGCCUUCAGGAUCCAUGCAGAGUUCCAACUAAACGAGCCUCCUGAUUUCCCGUUCUGGUUUUCCCCUGCCCAGUUCACAGGCUACGUCGUCCUCUCCAAGGACUCCUCCCACGUUCGAGAAUUCAAGCUGUUUGUUCCUAACAACAGGUCUCUCAAUGUAGACAUGGAGUGGCUCUAUGGUGCCCUGGAGAGCAGCAACAUGGAAGUAGAUAUUGGAUUCUUGCCUCAGAUGGAACUGGAGUCUUUGGGGCCCUCGGUCCCUUCCGUGAUUCACGACGAAAACGGGAACGUGAUUAACAGCAGAGACUCAGAAGGAGAACCAAUUCAGUUCAUAUUUGAAGAGAUCACCUGGCAGCGAGAAAUAAGCUGGGAAGAGGCUGCUGGCAAACUGGAAGUUGCCAUGUAUCCAUUUAAGAAAGUUUCCUACCUUCCCUUUACUGAAGCUUUUGAGAGAGCAAAAUCUGAGAGUAAGCUGGUGCACUCCAUACUGUUGUGGGGAGCACUGGAUGAUCAGUCAUGCUGAGGUUCAGGGCGAACUCUCCGGGAAACAGUCCUGGAAAGUUCGCCCAUCCUCGCCUUCCUGAAUGAGAGUUUCAUCAGCACCUGGUCACUAGUGAAGGAGCUGGAGGAAUUACAGGCUAAGAGAGAAAACGAGGUCAACAGCAAACUCGCAGACCUGCACCUUGAAAAGUAUAACUUCCCCGUGGAGAUAAUGAUCUGUCUGCCCAACGGCACUGUGGUCCACCACAUCAAUGCCAACUACUUCCUGGAUAUUACUUCUAUGAAGCCCGAAGAAGCUGAGAGCAGCAUCUUUAGUUUCUCUGCCAGUUUUGAAGAUCCCUCAACAGCAACUUACCUCCAGUUCCUGAAAGAAGGACUUCAGAGAGCAAAGCCGUUCUUGCAGGCCUAAGCAGAGAAGCAACCCAAUGCCCUCCAAUUGAUCACCAAAGACACAGGAGUUCUUGUUUCUGGCACUCCUUGAGCUCAUGCAGUACUGAAUAGUAAAGUGCUGUCCUUGAAUGGAAGAUCUCCAGUCAAGUAAGCGUCCCUCAAAAAUAUGAAGCUGCUACACCUGCAAUUACACAAAUUAUUUUCAGGACCAUUUUGAAAGGAACUGGUCUUAUUAUUAUUCUAGUUGUUGGAAGCAGAUCGUCCUGCAGCCAACAAUAGAGACUAGGAACAGGGCAGCACAGAAGUCUGAGAUCUGGGCUGUGGUGUGUGAGGUCAGCAGGUUGCGUCUCAUGCAAAGCCUGAAUUCAGUUGGUGUUGUUCCCUUAGUAUAAAGGCUUUGUUGAUUUGUGAAUGGGAUACCAUGUUUUUGCAUUGGCUCUGGCAUCUGAUCCCAUUCAUGGCCCUGAAUCGCUCUUACAUUGCGAAGGGCUCCACAUUUUAGAACUGUUGUGAUGCAAACUUAAGGAGAUUGGAGGUUGUGUCUUCAAGAUCAGCGCCUACAAGGAUGCCGCUGAGCAUAGGUAUAGGAGCCUAGGAAGCCGCCUUAUACAGAGUCAGGCCGUUGGUCCAUCCAAUAUUGUCCACUCUGCCUGGUAGCAGCGCUCUGGGAUUUCAGUAAGCUGGGCAUUCCCAGCCAUGCCUGGAGAUGCUGGGGAUUGAACCUGGGACCUGCUGUAUGGAAAGCAGUUGCUCUACCACUGGGCUACGGUUAUUUCCCAAAGCAACACUUAUGUUAUUUGCUACACUCCUGGCUAACAAGGCAAGACCUGUGUGUUUGCUACACUCGCACUGAUGUCUGGUGGGCUGCUCAGGUGGGUGCUAUUUCACAGAGGGGGGAACCUUCGAAACAAACGUUUUAGCAUGGUUAAACCAGGUCACAAAAGGCUCUGCAGACCCCUCCAGGGGCCAGAUUUUGUCCUAGGGCUUCCAGCUGCUGAUCCUAUGCAUUUUCAUCAUUGUGACUUCAAGUCAAGAAAAACCAGUUGCUCUUUCCUAAAGCACAUACAGUCUUAGGGGGCUGCGUUCACAGUAAUCAUGUCACUGUCCAAACCUAAAUGUUUAAGGGUGAUUUUACAUAACUGAUUUUUCCCCCACCGCAGAGUUCGUUCUGAGUCACAAUCACAUGGUUGCCAUGCCCAUAAUCCUGGGCCUGCAGAGUGUUCUAAAAUGGGGCUAUUUAUCCCAAGAUUGCUUUUCUUCUUUGCCAUACGAUGCCGUCCAUGCAGUAAUGCCACUUUGCACGUACAGGGAGAAGAAUCGGAUCUAAGCAGUUUUUUCAUUUCAGGGCCAGCCUUUCUGUGCUGCCUGCAACACAUGUGAGUUGCAGCUCCUUCCUACACAGAAGUGGCUUGCCUGGUGGGGUGGAGCCACUGCAAUAACUUCUGGUAGGGAGAGGGGCCAAGGGCGGGGGAGAGGUCAGUGUACUGCAGUCCCACUGUGUUUAAUGGGGCUUACAAGCCAAAUUACUUCAUGGUGUAAUGUGUGCUGCAGCUAUGUCUUUGGAGUUUUCUUUCCUAAGUUGCAUUGACAUUGGUGGAGCUCCCCUGUGUGUGUCGUGACCAGGACAGCAGUGUGUGUGGAGGGGAGGCUUAUUUGCUUUCCUCCUUAGCCAUGAUUUGAACAAAAACCACACACCCACAGGGAGUUCCCAUUGUGUAGUUUGGUCCACAGGUGAGCCAAAAAGUGCUCUGUGCGUGAAUACGCUGCCGUGGAAUUGUAAUCAGUAUUGAUCCAGAGUACAUUCCAAUGUAUAGUUAGCAGAGUAACAACUUAAACACACUGCAGGAUUCCCCAAAAAUAGAUCAGAGGCAAUUGUAUUUCAUCCAGCAGAGCUUUACUGCUACUGAAGACAAAUGAGCAUAAUGGUCACAAAUCCAAUACAUUCAAGAUUGGCACUGUCCAUAAGAAAUCCAGUUGCAGCAGACUUAACUUAAACUUACAAUAACUUAUAAUAAGUCUAAACCUUAACACUAUGUACAGAACACCACACCAGAAGGAAAGAGAGACAGAAAGAGUCAGCAUGACCUUGACAGAAGAGAUAACAGAACCAGUUUAAACCAGCUGUACUCAGCUUCUCUGAAGGAAUAACCCAAACAUGAACCUUCUGCUUGCUUCUUUCACAUAGAGAAGCUCCCAGAACCCUCUUGAAUUAAUUAGAAUAGGAAAGAUCUCUACACAUCAGAUCAAUACUUUCUGCACUAAGAAAUGCAAACUGACAUACACCCAUUCCCAAAAGGCUGAAGGCAGACCUUCCAAAUUUAUUUUCAUGUACAGGCAACUCCCUAUUUACAUGCAUUCAAGGUAUGCGCAACAACGCAUACACACAUAGCCAUGAACCUGGAAGUGGCAUG